GUAGACAAGCUCGUCAAUCUCCACUCGUCUAGUUCGCUGUUCUCAGCUGAAGGCUCCGGUAUUUUUGUAGGCGGAUGCGCGGGACUUGCUUUCCCGUCGAGUGGCCGACACCGGAGGUUUGUCGGUACUCGCCCAUUUCGUAUUAGUUAUGGCCUUCCCUAUCCCGGAGAAGCCGGCCGACUUGUUAUUAAAUGAGUCUGGGCUCCCUGACAGCAGCGUCUCGCCAGUCGAUGCACAGAAUGGCCCGGGCCACUCGGAGCAGCCACUGCUGCCAUGGGACCGCUUCUCCUGCUGGCUGCACUGUGUAUGCGUCGUGGGCUUCGAUCUGGAGCUGGGACAGGCUGUGGAGGUAAUUUAUCCUCAUUCUUCAAAGCUCUCUGAUAAAGAGAAAAUCAGCAUUUGUUAUCUGUCUUUUCCAGACUCCAAUUCAGGUUGUCUUGGAGACACACAGUUUUGUUUUCGAUUUCGCCAGGCUGCCGGCAAGAAAACUCCUAUAUGUUAUGCCCUGGACCAUUUAGAAAGAGACGCACCUAUUUUUUUAAAGAGUGAUCCAGGUCAUUUCUAUGGCUAUGUUUAUUUUAGACAAGUUCGUGACAAAACAUUAAAACGAGGAUAUUUUCAGAAGUCUCUUGUGAUGAUCAGCCGGCUGCCCUACGUAAACUUCUUUCACAGUCUGCUGAAGUUAAUAGCUCCAGAGUAUUUUGAAAAGAGUGAGCCAUGUCUAGAAGCUGCUUGCAAUGACAUUGAUCGUUGGCCUGCACCACUUCCUGGAAAAACACUAAGCUUACCUAUAAUGGGAGUUGUCAUGAAGGUGCGUAUUCCAAGCUGUUAUGAUAAGCCUGGCACAAUUCAGAUUGCACAGUCAUGUCAACAGGAUGAUGCUCAGGUGUCUGUUGUCCUGCCAACGGUCCAUGAAGUAGACCUUUUCAGGUGCUUUUGUCCAGUUUUUUUUCAUAUCCAAAUGCUUUGGGAGCUGGUAUUGCUAGGAGAGCCCCUUGUUGUUAUGGCCCCUUCACCUUCUGAAUCAUCAGAAACGGUUCUUGGGCUAGUCAGUUGUAUUUCUCCACUUAAAUACAGCAGUGACUUUAGACCUUACUUCACUAUUCAUGACAGCGAGUUCAAGGAGUACACCACACGCACUCAAGCUCCGCCAUCUGUAAUUCUUGGAGUUACCAACCCAUUCUUUGCAAAAACUCUUCAGCACUGGCCUCAUAUCAUUCGAAUUGGAGAUAUGAAGCAAGCAGGGGAUAUUCCUAAACAAGUAAAAGUGAAGAAGCUGAAGAAUCUGAAGACUUUAGAUUCUAAGCCUGGUGUAUAUUCUGCCUAUAAGCCAUUCCUAAAUAAAGAUGAAGAGAUUAUUAAACAAUUACAGAAGGGUUUACAACAGAAGCGGCCCUCUGCAGCACAGAAUGCCAUCCUUCGACGGUACUUCUUAGAGCUCACUCAAAGCUUUAUAAUUCCUCUGGAAAGGUAUGUAGCCAGUUUGAUGCCUCUUCAGAAAAGUAUCUCCCCUUGGAAGAAUCCUCCUCAAUUAAAACCAUUCAGUCAAGAGGAAUUCAUGAAAACCCUUGAAAAGACAGGUCCACAGUUAACCUCUCGACUAAAAGGUGACUGGAUUGGACUUUACAGGUACUUUCUUAAGUCUCCAAAUUUUGAUGGCUGGUUUCGAAGACGAAGAAAGGAAAUGACUCAGAAAUUGGAAGCCUUGCACUUAGAAGCCCUUUGUGAUGAGGAUUUGCAACUACGGAUUCAAAAUCACACUGAAGUGGAAACUGUGGACCUUGUACUGAAGUUGAAAGACAAACUGAUGCAAGCAGAGAGAGAGAGGCUCCCUGUGAAGGCCGAUACCCUCUCUAGGCUACGCACACACAUAGAGACUGUUAUUGGAACCUUGCCAGAGGACUUGCAAGGUAUCCUACUGAAACCUGGUACCCCCCAGGAGGCUACAUCAUAGCUGCUACAGGGAAGAACGGGAUGCCAUGCCAUUUCUACUAACUGAGGAGCAAAAAGGAAUGGGAAGUGACUGAACUGGUUAAAUAAAGCAUUAGGCAAGAGCGCAAAUGACAGGCAUGAGGAGUAAUGGGUAGUGAUAAACUUUGUGACUGUGGUUUUAAAAUAAGUGCACUUGAUUAGCUGAUUUGAACAUGCAAAUAAUUGCCAUUGCACUUAUUAAAAGUACAUACUGUGCCUGCGAUUAACUGGCAAGUGCAUAUAUAGUUCAUAUUCUAAAUUAAUAUUCAGUGAGGCAGUUUAACAGAACAUAGAUGAAGGCAGUUCUUUUGAGUUAUGCAAAACUACAUCUGUUGACAUAUUUAACGUACUCGACUGGGAGGAGUAACGCAUUAAAGAACAGCACGUUGCAUAGGAAAUGGAAACUCACUUGAAUAUAAUCGGCACAUAAUGCACAAUACCGCAGAUGCUGCUGCUUAGAAGUCCAGCUCCAUUAUAACUCGCUUUCAGGCCUCAUUAUUCAUUUCCACUCAGAAGUCUGACUGUUUUCUCUUUCAUUUAUUUAAUGUUUCUUAGUAAUCAAUGGUUUUUUUUUCGUUUUUUUUUUCUUGUUUCCUAAUGUUUCCAGCGCACUUAAUGUUAUAUCCAAAAGCACAAUUAUGUUUUUUUGUCUUUAUUUCUACUCACAAAUAGAUACAAAGUUUUAAGGUUGGUAUCGAUUUCAACUUGAAGUUGUGAGAAAAAUGACUAUUUUUACUACAGUAUACUUACAAUCUCUUCAUUAAGGUGUGUUGUGAGCUGGCAUUUUACACUACCAUAGUUUUACAUUAUUUUAAAGAAACUGGGAUUUCUUGAAUGAAGCGCAAAACACAUUUUUCCAAACAGUAUUUGAUAUGAAUAGUUUGUAUUUUUUUUUCUGGUAUUUUAGUAUGGCUGCACUAACUUUAGUACAUUUUUUUUUCCCCAAGCUUUAAUUAAUAAAAAAAAAAAUAUAUCAAGGGACUACUUUUUAAUUAGAGCCAUAGAUAUUUAAAGAUCUGUACACUCAACUCUGGUAGCUACAGUAAACUUCAGGAUGAGUUUCAGUUUUGUUUGGUUGAUUAAUUUAAUAUCUGAACACGGCCACUGCCCCAUCAACACCCUGGUAACCUCUUAUUCAAUCAACUGAAAUUCUGAUUGUCGGUGUGCUGGAUUUGCUCCCCCAAAUGUCGUACAUCUUGACUAUCAAACUUAAAAUACAGAAAUUAUAAUGAAAUCUAGUAAAAAAGCAAGUAAGAUUAUCAUGAACAUCCAAUGGAUUGCACUUAAAAUGUUUAAAAGAAAUUGAUAUGUUCAGAAAUUGUUGUGCAUAGCUGCAUUAUUGCGUGAUCUCUAAUAAUACAAGAUUAUUAGUUUUAUAUACUUGUGUAUCCCUGUAAACUUUGACACAUUCUACAGAAUACUAAACGUUUUUUCUGAUAUAGUGAAUGUUGCUGCUACUUAACUCCCCAUGCCUUGCUUGCCUGCCCCUAUUUUCAUUACUUAUCAGGCAAACUGAAUUUGAUUUUCAGACAAAUACAAAAAAACACUUGUAUUUUGAAUAUAUAAUAUAAUAUAUAAUCUAUAUAUAUUAUAUUAUAUAAUAGGAACAGUUAAAGAAACAGAGUGUCAUUUUUUAAACAAAGCUUUUUGUUUUAAGUCAUUUUGACUCUUUUUGUAUCAUUUUAUUUAUUUGCAGAAUAUGAAGACCAGCCAUUGUCCUAAAAUUAACUACACCUCUUUUCUUUUCGUAGCACAUAUUCUUGGCUUGUUUUGUCAAACAGAUUAUAACUUCAUAAAUUAAUUUUUUUUUGGUUCUGUGACCGUCUGCCUAUGGUUUAGCAUUCCUUUAAUUUUAUAAGAUGGAAUGCGAUCGCCGUUUUGAUUUUUAUUUUUUUUCUUCCUCACUUGCUGUGUGUUCUCUUAUUUCCCUUGUUUGUACUUUGGUCAGCGUUUUCAGGAUAAAAUGUAAACUGACGGGAGUUACAUGUUUUAUGCACGUUUUUGGUUGAAGUGAGUAUUGUACUGUACCUGUAGUUCCUUCAAAUGAGAUUUCUCAUUACAUACACUAGUGAAUCAUUACAUUUAGAAAAGAUGCCUAAUUUGUUAAAAUAAUAACGGAUUUGGAGGUCUGUUGAGAAAGAUGAGGGAGGUUACCCGUUACAUCAGUCAUUUCCAAAGAUUUCAAUAUUAUAAUGUUGUCUUGACUUUCUCUUAAAUCUGGAAAAAAAAAAAUAAUCAUGGAAGCCGGAGUUUGUGUUCCUCAACCCAACUCCAAAUACAUGGAGAAUGAAAUGUGGCAAAGACCGACUUGCACGUUGGGAACUAUCCCUAAAUUUCAUUAUGGCUUUGCUGACCAGAAAGUAUAAAGUUAUUCCAGAGAGAAAUUAGUAGGGCAGUACAACAAAUUCUGCUUUUGUAAUAUUUUAAAUAUUUUUUGUGUAUUUUAAAGUGUUUAUAUUUUAUAUAAAAUCUUAUUCUCUUACAGCAUCAUUUUCUUAUUAAACUGAAACAUACUUUAUAAACUGAAGUAUAUAUUUUAAUAUUUAAAAUCUCCAUGUAAUAUAUAUUUUUUACUAAAGUAACAAAAUUACACAAAGUCAUUGAAAACGUUCAUGUAGCAGUGGUGCUGAGUCACAUUCUCUUUCUUUUGUACUGAAAUCAUAAUAAAUCCUUUUUUGUAAGAGUUGUCUCAUCAGGCUUGGUUUUCUGCUGUAACUUGUAUACAAAUCUGUAUUUUUGUAACAAACAAUAAACUUGUCACCAGAA